CCUCUUCCCGCCUGGGGGCGUGGCCCGAGCUCGUGCUGCGGUCCGCGCCGUGGUGCGUCACUCGCGAGGCGAGUCUGGCCCGAGCGAGAUGGCUCGGAAGCGGGCGGCUGGUCGGGGUCCUCGGGGACGCGAGCCACGCGGCCAGAAAGCCAAGGGCGAGGAGAAGGAGGCAGAUGUCUUUGAAGAUGAGAAACCCCCAAAGAAGAGUCUGCUCUCAAAAGUCUCACAAGGAAAGAGGAAGAGGGGUUGCCAUGAUCCUGGGGGCUCACCAGAUGGUCCAGUGAAAAAGAAGGUGGCCAAGGUGACUGUUAAAUCUGAAAACCUCAAGGUUAAAAAGGAUGAAGUCUUCAGUGAUGGGGAAGAUUUCAGAGACUUUACAAGUGCCUGCAAGAAGGCAUACCAUCCAAAGAGAGAGUUUGCUGUGGACAAAGACAGCCAUGAAGGAGACGACGAUGAGGAGGAAAGUGAAGAUGAUUGGGAAGAGGUAGAAGAACUCAGUGAGCUCGUGCCAGAUGAUGGGGCAGAAAAUGCAACCUUCUCUCAAUCUGUUCUACCUGUGAAGCCAGUGGAGAUAGAGAUUGAAACACCGGAGCAGGCAAAAGCAAGACAAAGAAGUGAAAAAAUACAAAUGGAGUUUGAGACCGCUCUUCGGAGACUGAUGAAGCGUUUCAAUAAAGAAGUCCAUGAGGACACACACAAGGUUCACCUUCUGUGCCUGUUAGCAAAUGGCUUCUAUAGAAAUAGCAUCUGCAACCAGCUCGAUCUUCAGGCUAUUAGCCUCUCCAUCAUCCCAAUUCGCUUUACCAAAGUGCCUCCCCAAGACGUGGACAUCUCCUACCUGUCAAACCUGGUGAAAUGGUUCAUUGGAACAUUUACAGUUAACUCUGACCUUUCAAUCAGCGAGCAUGACAGCCUACAAACUACGUUGGAAAGGAGAUUUGCGAUUUACUCUGCCCGAGAUGAUGAAGAAUUGGUCCAUAUAUUUUUACUGAUGCUCCGGGCUCUGCAGCUCCCAACCCGACUGGUAUUGUCUCUACAGCCAGUUCCUCUGAAGUUAUCAGUAGCCAAGGGAAAGAAGCCUAAAGAGAGUUCCACAGAGAGUCCUGAGGGCUCCUCAGAAACUUCCAGCCAAGUCUCAGAAAAUCAAACCAAACCAAAGACCAGCAGAGGAACCAGAAAAGAGGGCACUUCUUCUAAAGGCACCACCAGUCCAAGUGCCAAAGGGAAGAGGAGUAAGGCAGCUGCCGUGGGGAAGAAACGGAGAGAGCCCUCCUCCAGUGAGGAAGAAGAGGGCAAGGCGGGAGAGCAGGGAGAAACCCAGAGACAAUUGCGUGGCCGGGAGCGACGGGUGGCCUCCAGAGUGUCUUAUAAAGAGGAGAGUGGGAGUGACGAGACCAACAGUGGCUCUGACUUCGAGCUCUCCAGUGGGGAAGCCCAUCAUCCAUCUGAUGAGGAUUCUGAGCCUGGUCCUUCGAGACAGAGGAGGGCCCCGGCCCCUCAGAGGACAAAGGCAGGGUCCAAAAGUGACUCCAGGACCCGACGUGGAAGCCACUCUAAGCAUCCCGACUCUCCAGCAGCAUCCACAAGCUCUUCAAGCAGUAAGAAUAAGAGAGGCAAGAAAAUGUCCAGUGAUGGUGAGAGGACAGAAAAAGGGAAAACAGCUGGUGUGGACCAGUGGCUAGAGGUGUUCUGUGAGCGGGAGGAAAAAUGGGUGUGUGUGGACUGUGUGCAUGGUGUGGUGGGCCAGGCUGUGACAUGUUACAGAUACGCCACCAAGCCCAUGGCCUACGUUGUGGGCUUUGACAAUGAUGGUUGGGUCCGGGAUGUCACCCAGAGGUAUGACCCAGCCUGGAUGACAGCGACCCGCAAGUGCCGGGUUGAUGCCAAGUGGUGGGCUGAAACCCUGAGACCCUACCAGAGCCCAUUGGUGGAAAGGGAAAAGAAAGAAGACUUGGAGUUUCAGGCAAAGCACCUGGACCAGCCUUUGCCCACUGUCAUUGGCACAUAUAAGAACCACCCUCUGUACGCCCUGAAGAGGCAUCUCCUGAAAUAUGAGGCCAUCUAUCCCGAGACAGCCGCCAUCAUUGGCUAUUGUCGUGGAGAAGCUGUCUACUCCAGGGAUUGUGUGCAAACCCUGCACUCCAGGGACACAUGGCUGAAACAAGGAAGAGUGGUGAGGCUUGGAGAAGUGCCCUACAAGAUGGUGAAAGGCUAUUCCAACCGGGCCCGGAGAGCCCGCCUUGCUGAGCCCCAGCUGCAGGACCAAAAUGACCUGGGCCUGUUUGGCAAGUGGCAGACAGAGGAAUACCAGCCACCCGUGGCUGUGGACGGCAAGGUCCCCCGGAAUGAAUUUGGGAACGUGUACCUCUUCCUGCCCAGCAUGAUGCCUGUUGGCUGUGUUCAACUGAAUCUGCCCAACCUGAACCGCGUGGCUCGUAAGCUGGGCAUCGACUGUGUCCCGGCCGUCACCGGCUUUGAUUUCCAUAAAGGAUACUCCCAUCCCAUAACUGAUGGGUACAUAGUCUGCGAGGAAUACAAAGACGUGCUCCUGGCCGCCUGGGAAAAUGAGCAGGCACUCAUUGAAAAGAAGGAGAAGGAGAAAAGGGAGAAGCGGGCGCUCGAGAACUGGAAGCUGCUGGCUAAGGGACUGCUCAUCAGGGAGAGGUUGAAGCUUCGCUAUGGGGCCAAGAGUGGAGCAGAAACUCCCCACCCAGCAGGAGGUGGGCUCUCUUCUGAUGAAGAGGAAGGAACCAGCUCGCAAGCAGAAGCGGCCAAGAUCCUGGCUGCUUCCUGGCCCCAGAACCGAGAAGCUAAAGAAGAGCAGAAGCCAAGGUGCCCUAAGAAAACCAAAAGGGAAAAGGCGGAGGCUUCCCACCUGUUCCCAUUUGAGAGGUUAUGAUGUGAGUGGCCAUCUCAUGAUAGGAUUGAGGCCAUGGUGUCUCCACGGAGAAGGCAGACAAGGAUGCGGGGACAGCAGGGUCAAAUUGAGGUGGUGCUGCAGGUCUAGUGUGGCCCCAGUCCUUGUCAGAGCCACUCAGCAUAGGGCCUUCAAAGUCUCUUGCUCCCACACCCUAUGUCUUGAGCUAUGGAACCCUUCCCUGGAGACCCUCCUGCACUUAGACCUGCUGCUUCCCCUUUUGAAACAUGAGUCCGUUUUUUAUAGAAACCCCUGGGAAAUUUUCGGAUAAUCGUACAUUAGGAAUGCACCAGUCCUUUCUUCCAGAUUCUUCAUCUGUCAGACACUGGUGCUCUCGCAUCUCUUGCAGACUUCAGACCCUCUCUCUGCAGGCCACUCAUUUUCCCUCAAUCAGGUUUACUAAUACUGCCUAAUGCUGCCUCUUUAGUAUGGGGAGCACAGGUCAACUCGGAUUCUGGUAUUGUUGGGAUCCACUUUUCAAAGUUACAUUUCAUGAUGGCAGAAGACUAAAGUCAUUACUGGAUAAAUUUUAUAAAGCUCUAUGGCACUGUAGGUAUUUAGAAUAACAUUUUGAGAAAAAAUAAAGCAUUUAUCUAAAAAGA